CUCAGCUGUAGUCGUGCCCAUCAGCAAAGGCAUCCCCAAAACCCUCCAUGCAAGCCAAACAUGUGAGAACUGCCGCAUCCAAAGCAGCAGCCAACACAGGGAGCAGCUCCUUGCACGUGGUGGUGCCGGGAGACUUCGCUGGACGGCUGAUCGGAAAGAAGGGCACCAAUGUGCAGGAGUUGCAAAGCCGCUCGGGCGCGCGAGUGCAGCUCUCGGACCUGGGACUGGAGGAGAAGAUCAUUGAGGUCACUGGUCCUUGCCGCUGCGUCGAUACUGCUUGUUCCUUGCUGGUCGUCGACCUGGCACACAUCCAGAAGCUCCAAGUGGCAGGCUGCAAGCUGGGCGUGCGCUCGGCCGAGGUCGAAGUCUCUGCGCUGAUCCCUGAGGAGCUUUCCCAGUGGGCAGAAGAGGAUUUGUUGGCCCAGCACUUCGAUGCCGGCGUGGAGCCGGAGGUGUCUGAAGAAGCUCGAGAUGUCGCUGAAAUCUCUACGGCCGCAGCGGAGGCCGCUCGCGCUCGACCCUCGAAGCGCUCGCGCGACGUGCCGGAGUUGCUCAUGGACCUGCUGGGCUUCGCGGAGGUGAGCGGCACUCGCUUUCGGCGUUUGCAUCUCGUGGGCCGCCCCGGCAACGUCAGCGCAGCCCUCCGAGCCGUCAGGCAGAGGUUACGUCGCUUUGGGCGUUGGAAAGCGGCGAACAUCACGGAACUUCCAGCGGUAAAGUUGGAAGAGGAGGUUCCCGAGCUCAAGAACUUCGUCUCCACGGAGAACGUCUUCCUGCGCCUCGACGCUGGCCUGGCGGCCCGCUUGAGCGGACCGGCGGCGGAGGUGUUAGCGCAGAUCAAGGAGGACUCUGGUGCCGCCGCUCUGGUCCAUGGAGAGCAUGAUGAAGCAGCUGGUGCCAGCUGUCUCGAGAUUGCCGGGACCUGCUCCUCGAAGCUUCGUGCCCUCGUGGAGAUUUGCCACCUUCUCCUGCACUUGCCGCAGGAAAGCCCUCAGGUAGAGCUGUGGCUGCGUGGGGAGGGGCCCUGCGCCUUCACGCUGGAAGAAGCCUUGGCAUUGGCUGAGUCCACUGCACGCGCAGGACCCCGGCGGCCCAAGCGCGUGGUCGUGCAGCUUUCGGGCUCCGCGGCCGCGGUGGGUGCCAGCGCCGUGGCCCUGUGGCGUGAAAGCGAGCGGAAGGCCUGGCUUCACGAGCGGAAGCAUGGUCCGCCAGCCUUGCUGGUGGACUACUUUUCGAGGUGGUUUGGAGGCGAUGCCGGUCAAAUGCUUCGAGAGAGGCAAGCAGAACGCCAGAAGCGAGGUCAAUACGAUCUCGCUGACCGUGACCAAGAUGCAAAGAGGCCAAAGACUGCCGACGUCUUGCUCGCGGUCCAGGGACCGAUGACUGCUCCGCCCGCAGUGACGGCGACCGAGGGCGGUCCGCCCAAGGCCGCAAAGGAGGUGGAAUCUUCGGAGGAUGAAGAGGUUAGCCUGCCUCCGGCCACGGCCUUGCCCCUCUUCGUCACGGAGGAGAUUGUGGAAGAGAAGGAGAAGGAAGAGGAGGAGGCGGAGGUUCCCAGCGAGAAAGCUUCCAGCGAGGAGGCGGACACGCCCCCGGCGGCCUCGCCCGAGGGCGAGGUGCUCGAGGCGCCAGCACCGGAGUAUGCUGAUGGUCACCAUGACUUGGCGUCGGACUCCGACAGCGACUACUAUCGCCCCGGGCCCGCGGAGGAUCCGCUGUGGGCACGGCGCCAGGCAAUCCUCAGCAAGUUGGCCGGCAUGGGUUGA